CCCGGCGGAGACUGCGGCGGCUGCGCGGAGGAGCGAAGUGCUUGCUGGGGCGGGGGUGCGCGACGGCGCCGGGGGCUGCGGUGAACGCCUCGCAGGCCGUGCAGUUCCCAGCGGGGAGGCGCCGUCGCCAUUGCCGCCUCGCUCGGUGAGCGCGUCCCGCUCGCCGAGCAGGGCCCCAGCCGACCGCCGGCACCAUGGGCCAGUGCGGCAUCACCUCCUCCAAGACCGUGCUGGUGUUUCUCAACCUCAUCUUCUGGCAAAAGAAAGCUCACGGGAAAACCAGCGGUAUACAGCCAUGCCAGGGCCGCUCAACACCUCCUGAGCUAGGAGGCUCCGAGCCUGGCCUCCUGGCUGGGGGCCAUAGCAAAGAUGUUUUAACUGUUGCACUGGCUCUUCACUAUCAGAUGGGAGCAGCUGGCAUUUUAUGCUAUGUGGGAGCCUACGUCUUUAUCACUUACGACGACUAUGACCACUUCUUUGAAGAUGUGUACACUCUCAUCCCUGCUGUGGUGAUCAUAGCUGUAGGGGCCCUGCUCUUCAUUAUCGGGCUGAUUGGCUGCUGUGCCACAAUCCGGGAAAGCCGGUGUGGACUUGCCACGUUUGUCAUCAUCCUACUCUUGGUUUUUGUCACAGAAGUUGUUGUAGUGGUUUUGGGAUAUGUUUACAGAGCGAAGGUGGAAAAUGAGGUUGAUCGCAGCAUUCAGAAAGUAUAUAAGACCUACAAUGGAACCAGCCCUGAUGCUGCUAGCCGGGCUAUUGAUUAUGUUCAGAGACAGCUGCACUGUUGUGGAAUUCACAACUAUUCAGACUGGGAAAAUACAGACUGGUUCAAAGAAACCAAAAACCAGAGUGUCCCUCUUAGCUGUUGCCAAGAGACUGCCAGCAGCUGUAAUGGCAGUCUGGCCCACCCCUCGGACCUCUAUGCCGAGGGGUGUGAGGCUCUAGUUGUGAAGAAGCUACAAGAAAUCAUGAUGCAUGUUAUCUGGGCAGCGCUGGCAUUUGCAGCUAUUCAGCUGCUGGGCAUGCUGUGUGCCUGCAUCGUAUUGUGCAGAAGGAGUAGAGAUCCUGCUUACGAGCUCCUCAUCACCGGCGGAACCUAUGCGUAGCAGAAAACUCAAGCCUGAGCUUUUUAGUCUUGUUUAUGAUUUGGAAGGUGAAUUGAGCGGGUCCACUACUAUUGGCCUCCUGAGUUCAUUUAGUUAAAGCACACAUACACAGGUGUUGGACAGAGCAGUUUGGCUCUUCAUGUGUCCACCUUCUUACCUUACCACCUAUGACUUUCUUUUCCUCUGUUCUGGCUGACUCUCCAUGUCCGUAAGUGUUUAAGUACGGCAGUAAAUGUUCUAAUCUCAGAACCGUUUGCGAGUUGCGUAGUUUGCUGGAAUUAAAGGCGGAUGUGGGCCUGCUUCUGUUACCUCCAAGCAGUAAUGGGACUGCUGCUGAAGUAUCAUGGGGUCCUUUCAGUCUUCACAAUGGAGAACUCUUGGCCAAAGGUUUCUUGGGGGAGGGGGAGGCAGUCAGCUGUCUGGUUAAAGUUAAUACCAGAUGGUGCCCCUCAUCAGUGUCCUUUUAAAAAUAUAUAUACUAUAGUCCAGUAAGAUAGCAACUGUACAAAAUGGCUAAAAUAGAUUUUAGAAUCAUACAGUAUGUAUCUUGGUUCAUCUUCAAAAUAAGACUGAUCUUUGAAACUAGCGGUUUUUAAUCAAAGCUGGCUUUAUAGGAGGAGUAUAAUGUAUGCACUACUGUUUUAAAACAAUUAGUGUGAGUGUGUGCGUGUGUUUUUGUAUGAUCGAGCCCAUUCAUCGUAAGUCUAAACUUGUUAGAAAUAAUGUACCCAUGUAGACUAGCAAAAUAAGUAUGUAGAUGUGAUCUCAGUUGUAAAUAGAAAAAUCUAAUUCAAUAAACUCUGUAUCACUCCCU